GCUCUUAUUAUUCUCUCCAGCAUCAAAUUGAAGAAAUCAUCGUUUAGUAUCGUACGGCCCGGAGAGGUCCUUCCCAAUUCUGACGGAGCUUCUGGUGUUGUCUAGCGUCAGCUUACACAGCUGUAUACGUUUUGCGGGGAUACCAAAUUCAGACAUAGCGGCAUAGAGACAGCUUCUAUUCGUGCUGUCGAAGGCGACUUUAAAAUCGCCGAAGAGGUGGUAGGUGUCGGUCUUUUUUUUACGGGUCUUUUCCAAGACUUGGCGCAUGGUGAAUAUCUGGUCAAUGGCCGACUUACCAGGUCUGAAGCUGCCUUGCUGUGCCUUGACCGAACUUCUGGACUGUACAGUAUUACGGACGCUCCUUUAAAAAAAUUGCACAAAUCUCACAUACUAAACAUCAUAUUCAAAACUUGAAAUUCUUUUCAACUUUGUACAACACUGCAUUAUCAGCUGAUUUGGGUCAGCUGUUUAAAUUUGUUUGGCGCCUCAAGAGUUUAUUUAAUUUCGCCAUUAUUUUAAAACUUUAAACUUUUAAAAAUUCCUGAAUGUAAGUGUUCGUAACUAGAGAAGAAAAUGAAAAAUGUCGACGCGACGUAAAGAUAUCUGGAAAUUGCUCUAUAAUUUGGUUUCACGAGAAGGCACAGAUUUAAAUGAUGUGUUUGCCUUUGUUGAUGAUAUCCUCUGUAGAGAGCCAUCUCUUAUACGACCUUCUUUGCGCGAACUAAAUAAUCGUUUCCAAGACACAUUUGUUCUUUGGAUUAUUAACAAGUUUAUCAAUGGACUAGGCGAUGGUAACACCACGAGUAUUGGUAAUAAUUUAUGCAUGGACGGGAUGUCUGAAACAAAUAUUCAACUUCAACAGAAAAUUCUCCAUUCGUGUAUUGUUAAUCGAGCAUUGCUAUUCGAACGGCUCGUGGCAGCAUAUAUCAAAGCUAUUGAGCAAUUGACUAAUGGUUUGCAGCUCCUCGACGAACAAUAUGAAUCUAACACCAAUGAUUCUGCUGGAUCUAAAAGUAAUAGAAAUAAUCAAAUUAUCGAAAUCACCGCAUUCUUUAGUGAUGACUUAUGCUUGCGUGAAAUUGAUCCUGAAUUUGCAUUUAAACCAAUUUGUAUACCACAGCAGCUGGCAGAUGAAAGAGUACGUUCGCUGUUGCAUGUACUUCAUAAUGCUGCACUAAUUGGUUAUUCCUUAUUUCCACAAAUAUUUGCUGAGUCUCUGUUGAGUGCACUACAAGCUGCGCGCGAAUGUGAUUUGGCUACAAAACUGUUAGCCCUACGCUAUUGCCAAAAAAUCUUUGAAAUGGCUUGCCAGUGUACAGAAGUGUUGGAACAUUAUGGACAACUGACCAUGCAGACGUUAGCCGUAAUGUGGGCGCAAGUGCCGCUCUGGUUGCAUGCACGUUGCAUUCGUUUAGAAGAAUUGGAUGGCUUGAAAGAUGUGACUAUUGCCCUAUUACGCGCACUCCGGCGCUUUAGUAAAGAGCUUCAGUGGACUCGGCGGGUUCUCGCUAUGCUGGCUCUAAGUAUCUUAUACAAUUGUGCUGAACUGGAGCCCAAAGGAAAAAAUAAAAACGAUGUCAAAAAUUUAGGAAAACUCAUACAUGAAAUUGUCGAUUUCAUCCUACUAUUACCGUUGAAUGAGGGAGAGGAAGAUGUGAUCUUAGCCGAUGCAGACAAACUGGUAGCAUUGUCGGAACAUAAUGAAAGCGUACUGUUGUUAUUGACGGUUAUACUAGCGCAUCAAGACGAACAUAGUGUAGAACGCUUGUGCGUGUUAAACUACUUUAAAAACCGAAUUUUCAACAAGCUCACUUUGCACAAAUUCACCAUAGAUGAAUUGAAGCAAUUGAAAACUUGGUUACAGAUACUCAUUUAUGCUGAGCACCGGCUUUGCCGUCGUUUACAGUUGAAUGCAUUGCGCACCCAAUCGAUGGAUGAAGUUUUGGCGCAAAAUUAUCACAACAGCAUAAAUUUAUUUGCACCAUUAAUAGAUGAAGAAUAUACUAGAGAACUGAAUCGUAUUUGUCUAAGCUACCACACAGCCUCAAUGCUUGUAAAUUUUAGAUAUUACGAGCUAUCCGUUUUAUACCUUGAUGUUUCAGCUUUAAUAUUAAACUGCAUUACUUUAAGGACAGCUCUAGAUACACAAUCACAAAUCAAUUUACUGACUCGUGUUAGUGAUUGGGCGCUCAUAGCAACGGAGGAGCGCCAACCGUCAAGCCAUUUGCAGGCAGUAGCAUUUGAGUCACUUCGCGCUCUGGUCAGCCUACAUAUUGACACACCGGGAGAGGUAGCCAAAUGCAUACACAAAGUGUAUGAUAUGCUAACGAAGUUCCUCUUUGUGGAGCAGCCAUUGAUACUAUCUGAGGAGUUAUUGAAUAGAUUUCGCUACACAUUUUGUGAGGAGUUGGGUACACUUAUCGCUUGUGGUUGGAUAAAGCUAGAGCACGUUUUGCGUGACUUUACUGCGUCUGUGAAAGAUGUACCUACUAUACUGCAGUUAAUGUUACGUAAAAGCUUUUGCGCCGGCGCUGGUGCUGGCACAUGUAGGCUAUUCUUAAAAUUAUUUCCCCUGUCUACUGCAGAUGUACCUUUCCAAAAACAUGUUUUGAUUUGUCAACUCUGCAAUGCGAGCGACUUUACUUCGACCACACAAUUGGAGUCAUAUAUGCGUUCACAAAAUGUCAUAUUGGUUGGAUGCCAAAGGUCGUUUAAGCCAACUGAAAAAGUGUGCAAAGAAAUACCAGUAUUGCCGGAGGUGGUGCGUCGCAAGUUAUGUGAAACGUUGCUCACACAACGAAACUCUGAAUUUACACCCAUGGGACGCCAUUUGGAAUUUUCACGUAUAAGCCUCGAAGACUUUUUCAGUGUGCUGCAGAGAGUACAAGAUAUUACGAAGUUGAAUUUGCAGAUUGUACACACGCUCUUGCCCAAAUUGAUUGGUGCUGGUGAUGAACAAUUUAUCAUGAGAUUUGCAGCGUAUCUAUUGCAGAAAAUUAUGAAGUCACUGCAAGCACAAUCAGCCAUUGCUGCAACAUCCUCAUCACUCUCGUCAUCAGCCACAUCGCCUAUCCCGCAACGUCAGAGUCAACUUAAAUUAUUAGAGCUUAUUACCUGUUGUGCCCACAGUGAUAUCAGCGAAAUAUGGCUGUUUCAUUUUUUCAAACUUACAUUCUUCUACCUGCUGCAUCCCCAAUCGGAGGUUGUGCAGGAGGCAGUGUUAUGUGCCUCGGAGAUGUGCGCUAAGCAUGGACUGCAGCCGGUGCGUUUGUGGAAUUGGUACAAACGUGAUGCGCUUACGCUGGUCGUGCAGUUGGCAGUGCAAAUAUUCCUGAAGAAUGGCGUACGUCUAACACGUUCGCUUAAGGCUUUUACAAAGAUGUUAGGCUUUUCAUGCGUACAAGAAUUUAUCUGUCGCUAUUAUCGCCUUCUGACCACAAUGAUUCUACCGUAUUGUGUGAAAGAGCCACUAUGCAAGGGACUGAUAGUUUCCAUUUCGAAAGUGACACGAAAAUCGAUUUCCACGAUGUUUGUUGCUUCAUUCCUACGUAUAUACACACAUAUUUAUCUAACAGAAGAGGCGGAAGUGGGCAACAAAUGUAUUGAACUUAUUGUUAGAUGUACAGACUUCAGCCUAAACAAACUGAUGAAUACGGAUGUUAAACAAACCGUCUCUGAAUUCCUCAUCUACUUUAACCGUAAUCCACAAUUCGUGAUGAAAGCCUUUCAGUGUUUACUCUUCAACGAUGGAACUGGUAGUACACGCGCCAUAGCUUCGGGUAGUAAAUCCUCGGGACUUGUGCCAACACAGAGCAGCAGCACUAGUGAUUUUGCGAAAUUCAUUGCCGAUCGCUUCCUGGGGGUGAUAACCUACUUCGAGACCUGCCUUGCCGAACCCACCUUCGAAAAGCCACUGAAAGAGGAGGCGCUUUAUAGUCUCGGGCAAAUAUUACGUUUUGUCGGCGCCAAACAUGUCACGCAAUUUCGUUUUAAAAUCAUCGCCAUGUUGAGUUUCGUUCUAUCGCUUCAAGAUCGCCACUUGCAGACUAUAUGCUUAAAGAUUUGGAAUAUUUUUCUACACAUUGUGGACAUACAAGAGUUGGGCCCAUCGUUGAGUCGCAUUGUAGCCUCGUUGCAACCGCUAUUAGUGCAUAGCGAGGCUGAGGUGAAUGCCAUCUACGAGUUUGUGAUAUUGAAGAAUGACAGUUUACUGGGCGCCUACAUACCAGACUUGUAUUUUGUGGAGCAGCUGAAGGGCGUUACAGCCGCCAUACGAGAGUGCGUCGCGCGCCAAACGGAGAUACUGAAAAGUAAUCGUUCGACGUUGUUGGAGAAGAUUGGGUUCCUUUAUCGUCAAAUCACCAAUGAAAACGCGCAGGUACGGAUUUAUGGACUCACAUAUUUUCGAGAUUUCGUUGCUACUAAUCGUCUCGAUAUCAACCUUAUGGUGCUGAGUGAAAUGCUCUUGGAUCCGCUGAUUGAGAACUUGGUAGAUACCUUGGUGGUUGGUUGCAAACACGAGGACCCUAAUCUGCAGCUUGCUUCAGCAAAAUGCCUGGGUGAGUUGGGCGCCAUUGACCCUAGUUAUAUAGCUACGAACCGCACAUUCGAACAGCGUGAUGAUUUGCCGCUGAGUGUGCACACGGAUGGAUUUGCCAUCAUGGCGCUCACCGAGCUUUGUCGCGCCUAUCAGUUUCAAAAAGAUACCAAAUAUGUGGAUAAUUUUUCUUUGGCUAUACAAGAAACCCUCGCCGUGUGCGGUGUAUCGCCACUUGAGAAGAAAAAGAUGAAUGUCUGGGAUGCGUUGCCAGCGCGCAUGCGUCAAGUUAUGGAGCCGCUGCUUACUUCGUGUUAUACGAAUUCAAGGCGGGAGAGCAACUGCACCGAGCAUCCAAUAUUCAACAGCAGUUACUGCCGCAGCUACGCAGACUGGGCAUUCAAUUGGGCAGCGCGUCUUAUGGACUUUGUGCAAACUGAUGAAACGAAACAUUUGCUAAACUCCUAUAAGCCGAGUAUUAAGCGUGACAAUAGCACCCUUGUCACAUUCUUUCCUUACAUACUCCUGCACGCACUACAAGAUGGCAGCGGAACCCAACAUCAAAAGAUAUAUGAAGAGUUUGAGGCGGUACUUAGCUACAGCAGCGCUGGCAUUGUUGAGCAGCCGGUCUAUGAAGCCACGGGGCUGAAGGAGUUUGUUUCCACCAAGUACGCCACGGACCUUUCGUCGAUGGGCGAGUCAACGCAGCGUACUCGCAAUGAUGGACUGGAACAUAUCGGACGCACCUGCACGAAGUUCUGUUCGGAGCAAAUCGAUUUUUUGCAGCGUUGGGCGCGUGAAUGGCAGCGAAUAAAUAGUGUCGGCACCAAGGUGAAUGAGGAGGAUAAAAAUUACAGGUGUGUGCGUGAUUUUCUGCGCCGUUUCGACAAGUUCCUAAUAGCGAAAGCUAAUUAUCAUUCAAAUGAAUACGCGCGUGCUCUUAUGUACUUGGAGGCGUACAUUGAGGAGGCGGACACACAACAGCGUCUGCAGGAGCAGAUUUCAUUUCUGAUAGAAAUUCAUGGCGAAUUACUUGACGCAGACUCGGUUGAAGGCGCCGUAUACUUAAAAAAGACUACACUGAGUCUUGGCGAGGAGAUUAUGGUCAAUCGCAUUGUUGAUCGGCCACAAGAACUACAAACCUGCUAUGAGCAGCUGAUGUCCAGUGACGAGCCGAUUAGUCAGGAGCAUAUAAAGGGCAUGAUUAACUGCUAUUUGCGCAUGGACACGCCAGAAACCGCACUAUUGAUCACAGACGGCCUCUGGCAGAAGUUAACUGAUCACUACACGGACGACUACUUUAAAGAGUGCAAAUCAGAGCUGCUGUGGCGGCUUGGUCGAUAUGAUGAGUUGCAAGAGCUGCUGGAGGACUCUGUCGUGCGCCGAAAAACAUCCAAUUGGAACAUACAGUGUGCCGAGGCUUUCCUACUCUACCGAAAACCCGGUGGCGGCUCUGUGUCGCAGGUACAGUGUACAGCUUACACUGACUUCGCACAACAAUUGGAUGUCAUUCGCCACAAUGUGCUGUCGUCCAUGCGUAGCUGUUCUGGCGUCAAUCAGAAAUCCUAUCCACACUCAUAUGAUGAUGUCGUAAAGCUGCAUUUACUUAACGAGAUGGAAAAGAACAAGCAGCUGACGCAUGAGGUGAUCACCAGCUAUGGCAUAGAUUCCAGUGCCGAGCAAUGCCUUACAAAAGUGCGUGAGUUCUUUCUUGAUUGGGAUCGGAGGUUAUGUGUGUUGCAGCCGGUUGUGCGUGUGAUGGAGCCAAUACUCUGCUUCAGGCGCAACCUACUCGUAGAAAGCAAACGCUUACUCGCUGUGCAGCCUAAAGAUGAGGAUGCUUCGAAAUUCCCUCAAAAGGUUGUGGAAGCCAUUGAUGCCGAGAUCGGCAAACUGUGGCUACGUAGCGUCCAAAUGUAUCGCGAAGCGGGCAGCUUGCAACAAGCGCACCUCUGCAUUAUGAAAGCGACGGAGUAUGCGCCAAAGACGCUUUUCAUUGAGAAGGCCAAACUUCUGUGGCAAAAAGGCGAUCAAUCACAUGCCUUCAAACUUCUGGAGGAGCAGUUGGAACGUAUGGAGAUGCGGUGCGAACGUAAUGUGCGCACACUCAACGCCGCAGAUCGUGCGCUCUAUGCCGAGGCGAAAUAUCUGCAAGCGACCUACAGCGCUGAGUCAAUGAACAGUUGUGCGGAGUUGAAUUUGCGUUACUUUCGCGAGGCGAUACUUGGCAAUCACAACUCGGAGAAGUGCUAUGUACAGUUGGCGCAGUACAUGGAAAGGAUUUAUGAGUCUUUCUCAGCAGAGCAGCAGCACGGUGAUACUGGUCGCAAGCUUUUGCUGGAUAUUAUGGUGAACUACGCCAAGUCGUUGAAAAGUGGCUGUGAGAAUGUAUACCAGUCACUGCCUCGCUUGUUAAGUAUUUGGUUGGACUUCACAUCACGUUGUGCAUCGAUGUGCGAGGCAGCUAGCAGUGACCCGGCGCUCACAGCCAAGGCAAACAAUAUGCAAGAGGCGGCUAAGAGAAUGAAUGAGCUCAUCACUAACUGCGCCAACGCCCUGCCCACUGCCAUUUUCUACACAGCUUUCUCGCAACUACUCAGUCGCAUUUGUCAUCCAUCAAACGAAGUAUUCGCAGUACUUCGCACCAUUGUUAUCAAACUGCUGGAGCAUUUUCCACAACAAUCUUUGUGGAUGCUGUUGCCUACGCUGAAAUCGUCGCAAACGACUCGUGUUAAGCGCUGCAAACUAAUCUUUACUGACGCUCGUCUCGCAAAGCCUCAAUUCCAAAAGCAACUAAACGAUUUCAAUACACUUGCCGAGCGUUUGAUCGAGUUGACGAAUAAAGAUGUGGCCCAUGACCGCACCUACGAGCUCAGUGCCCUCGUUAAACAGCUACCCAAGUUAUUUGCUGACCCGAAAUUCUCUAAUAUUUUGCUGCCCUUUGAAAAGUACAUGCAAGCUUCUUUUCCACUGUCAUCAGCCUCUUCAUCAUUCGACUUCAAUUUGUCUGUGGGUAGUUUGGAGCGAUCCUCGUCGUCUUCGUCGUCCUCUACAUCAUCCAGUCCAAGCAUAGUGCCAGCGAAUCCAUUUCCUUACCAACAAAUUUUCAUUUGCGGUAUUAAAGAGGAAAUCACAGUUUUGCGCUCGGCAGCUAAGCCAAAGAAGAUUACCAUCCAAUGCAGUGAUGGUAAAUGUUACGAUGUGAUGGUAAAGCCGAAGGACGAUUUGCGCAAAGACUUUCGUUUGAUGGAAUUCAAUGGACUUGUAAAGCGUUUCCUCCAUCAAGACUCACAGGCACGCCAUCGUUGUCUGCGUAUUCGAACGUAUGCGGCUAUACCGUUUAACGAAGAAUGCGGUUUGGUGGAGUGGCUGCCAAAGCUGAACUCCUUCCGUGCGAUUUGCAAUUCGAUAUACCGUAUGCGAGGUCUGGGCAUACCAGAUCGCCUAUUACGUCAGUGUGUAUUGCCCAGAACGGAGUCUAUAGAAAAGAAACGUAGCAUGUUUCUCGAUACUCUGUUACCUGCGCAUCCACCUGUUUUCCAAGAGUGGUUACGUCGUCACUUUUACACCCCCAACAGUUGGUACGAGGCGCGAUGUGCUUUUGUCAAGACUGUAGCAGUUAUGUCUAUGGUGGGCUAUAUACUCGGUUUGGGCGAUCGACAUGGCGAAAAUUUACUCUUCGACGAAACGAAUGGUGAUGCGGUCCAUGUAGAUUUCAAUUGUCUCUUUAAUCAGGGUGAGCUGUUUGGCUACCCGGAGCUGGUGCCCUUUCGGUUGACACAUAAUAUGGUAUACGCCAUGGGUCCAUUGGGUGUUGAGGGCAUGUAUCGGCGCUGCUGUGAAAUCACUAUGCGUGUACUCAAGAAACAGUCGAAAACUUUGAUGUCCGUGUUGAGACCUUUUGUCUACGAUCUAGUAGCAUUGAAUCGUAGUUUUAGUGGCAAGAGCAAACCCUCUUUGGAGCAGACCGAUCCCAAGGCAUUGAUGGAUGUGCGCCGCAUUGAGGAGCGAUUGCAAGGUUAUGUUAAGCGCACACAAGCCAACAGCAUGCCUCUCUCCACGGAAGGUCAAGUGAAUUUCCUGAUUGCUGAAGCUACGAACAUUGACAAUUUGGCUGCCAUGUAUAUUGGUUGGGGCCCUUAUUUGUAAUUUAAGCCUUCUCCUAUAUGGGAAAGUACUUUUCCUUUAAUUGUUUUUAAGCGUAUAUUUAGGCUACUUUAUCGUUAAGAUUCCUCAUUUCAUCACAAAUUAGGAACGCGCAUUUGCAUCUUAAACUGUUUUCACUAUUUCAGACUUACAUACAUAUAUCACUUCAUAUGAAAUAAAAUGAAUAAAGGAGUAAUAUUUUUGUAA